AUGGGUAAGGAAAAGGUCCACGUAAACCUCGUCGUUAUUGGUCACGUCGAUUCUGGAAAGUCCACUUCUUGCGGACACCUUAUCUAUAAGUGCGGUGGUAUCGAUAAAAGAACCAUUGAGAAGUAUGAGAAGGAAGCUAACGAAAUGGGAAAGUCCUCCUUCAAAUACGCUUGGGUUCUCGAUAAGCUUAAGGCUGAAAGAGAAAGAGGUAUCACCAUUGAUAAUCCCUAUUAUUUUGUAUAUUAAUUUUUAAAAAAAAAUCAUAUUUUUAUUGAUUUUUAAAAAAUUUAUAUAAGGAAUUCUUAGGUGUUGGUAAUAUCUCCUUGUUCAAGUUCCAAACCGACAAGUUCUACUUCACAAUCAUUGACGCCCCUGGCCACAGAGAUUUCAUCAAGAACAUGAUCACAGGAACUUCACAAGCUGAUGUCGCCAUCCUCAUCAUUGCAGCAGGAAAAGGAGAAUUCGAAGCCGGAUACUCAAAGAACGGACAAACCAGAGAACACGCCCUUCUUGCCUUCACUCUUGGAGUCAAACAGAUGGUUGUCGGAGUCAACAAGAUGGACGACAAGUCUGUUGAAUGGAAACAAGACAGAUAUCUUGAAAUCAAACAAGAAGUCUCAGAAUACCUCAAGAAAGUCGGCUACAACCCAGCCAAAGUACCUUUCAUCCCAAUUUCAGGUUGGUUAGGUGACAACAUGGUUGAGAAAUCAACUAACAUGCCUUGGUAUGAUGGACCAACUCUUCUUGGAGCUCUUGAUAACGUCCAACCACCUAAGAGACACGUUGACAAACCACUCAGACUUCCAGUCCAAGACGUCUACAAGAUUUCAGGUAUUGGAACAGUCCCAGUCGGCAGAGUUGAAACUGGAAUCCUUACUCCUCCUUUUUAAAUUUUUAUUUUUUUUAAAUUUUUAUUAAUAAAUUUUACUCCAAAAAUGGCUGGUGAGUUAAACCAGGCACAGUCAUUGUUUUCGCCCCAUCAGGAAUUUCAACUGAAGUCAAGUCUGUUGAAAUGCACCACGAAUCCCUCGAAGAAGCCUUACCAGGUGACAACGUUGGUUUCAACAUCAAGAACAUUGCAGUCAACCAAAUCAAGAGAGGAUACGUUGCCUCAGACUCUAGAUCAGACCCAGCCAGAGAAAGCAUUGACUUCACUGCCCAAGUCAUCAUCUUAAACCACCCUGGCCAAAUCUCAGUCGGCUACACCCCAGUCCUUGAUUGCCACACUGCUCACAUUGCUUGCAGAUUCAACGACCUUAAACAAAAAGUCGACAGAAGAUCUGGAGCAGUCCUUGAACAAGAACCUAAAUUCGUCAAAUCUGGAGACGCUGCAAUUGUUACUUUGAUCCCAACCAAAUCCAUGUGUGUUGAACCAUUCACAGAAUACCGUUUUAAAACUUAAAUUACUUAUAGAGAAUUCCCUGCAGGUCCGCCGGCCACUAAUCGUCUCCGCAUAACGAUCUAGCGCUUGCUUGAAGUUAGAUACAGCCUUCCACUGUGUUAAUUUUUAUGGAGGAAGGAUUCCAGGAAAUCCGAAAAACGAAUUUCUGGUCACCUGUCGACUAAAUGGAGCCCGAAGCCCAGGACGCAACGCAUUGUAUAGCACUUGGGAUAUUCCUGAUUGGCCAAGUGGCCUUACUGGGUUUUCCCUUUCAAACUCCAGCAAGCCAUCUUGAUGAGGCGGAAAAAACUAUUUUGAUGUUUUUUCCAUCUGUUUUUUCAUUCAAAAUAGACUGAAAAUUUCAAAAAAUGUUUCAUUAAGCACAUGAAAUAAACUUAUGAAUAGGUGUUUAUCAAAUUAAAAAGGCAUAUAUAAAAUGAUAUAAAAAAUCGGUAUGAAAACUUCCACUUAUGCAAACCAAAAAAUAGAAGGUGAAAAAAUACUAGUGGACUAUUAUAAAAUUAUCACAAAUUCCACUGCAUAUAGUUCAUAAACUGGUGCAAAUCGUCAUUGAAAAUGAAUUGUUACAAUAGACUUAGUUCUUGCAUAUCUUAUGCCAAACCACUCGCUAUUUAACGUAAUAUUCAGGCUUUAAAUAAAAUAUCAUUAAUUUUUAAUUAGUUUAAUUUAGUUUUAGGUGUUAGAACAGGUUGGUUCACCACACCAUUUUAAUAUAUAUACAGAAUACCCACCACUUGGAAGAUUCGCCGUCAGAGAUAUGAGACAAACCGUAGCAGUCGGUAUCAUCAAAGAAGUCACCAAACUCGCUGAAGGACAAACCAGAACUGCUGCCCCAGGAGAAAAGAAAGCCAAAGGAGGAGCCAAGAAAUAA